AUGAGUGUCCUGGCCUCCCUCACCUCCGCCUCCUCCUGCCCCCACCUGUACCACUCACCCAGCCCCCCCAACUCCAGCACCGGGGCUGACGGCCCCCCCCCGGAGGUCAGCCGUGUGAUCCUGCUGCAUUACAACCACACCGGCCGCCUCCAGAACCGGACGGUCUCCAGCCCCCAGAGCGCCCUCAGCGUGUCCACCGCCGUCUUCCUCUUCCUCAGCGUGCUCAUCGUCCUGGAGAACCUCCUGGUUCUGGUGGCCGUGGUCUCCCGGAUCCGCCGCAGCCGCCGCUGGGUCUACGUCUGCAUCGCCAACAUCACCCUCAGCGACCUGCUGACCGGGGCCGCCUACGUGGUCAACAUCUGCAUGUCGGGCAGCCGGACCUUCCAGCUCACCCCCGCGCUCUGGCUCUUCCGGGAGGGCAUGCUGUUCGUGGCCCUGGCCGCCUCCAUCUUCAGCCUGCUGCUCAUAGCGGUGGAGCGCUACACCACCAUGAGCAAGCCUCUGGCCCAGAAGUCCACCAGGAAGACCUACUACCGGAUCUACGGCCUGGUGGCCCUCUGCUGGAUUCUGGCCCUGGUCAUCGGAUUCCUGCCUCUGCUGGGCUGGAACUGCGUGUGCAGCCUGGACGGAUGCUCCACCCUCCUCCCCCUCUACUCCAAAACCUACAUCUUCUUCUCCCUCAUCAUCUUCUUCCUCAUCCUGCUGGCCAUCGGGGUGCUCUACGGGGCCAUCUACUGCCACGUGCACAGGAGUGCUCAGCUGGGCUCCCAGCGCAGCCGCCGGCGCUCCCUGGACCUGCUGAGGACCGUCAUCAGCAUAGUGGGGGUGUUCCUGCUGUGCUGGGGGCCGCUCUUCCUGCUGCUGCUGGUGGACUUCUUCUGCGUGUCGCGGCAGUGCACGCUGCUGUUCAGCGCAGACUUCUGCAUCUCCCUGGCCGUGCUCAACUCCGGGCUGAACCCGGUCAUCUACGCGCUGGGCAGCAGCGACAUGAGGCAGGCCAUGGCCCGGCUGCUGUGCUGCUGCCUGUGCCGCCCGCACUCCCUCACCUCCAAGGAGACCAGCAGCACCUCGGAGAGCCGGAGGGACAGCCUGAGGAACAGUUUCAGCAAGGUCAGGAGCCUCAGCGUGGCCUCGCCCCCUUCCACUCCGAGCAAGCCCCGCAAAGCUCCCCGAAAAUACCGACUGAGCAGCACCACCAGCUGCCUGUCAGUUUCAAGUGGUUAA